GAACACAGACACCACAGUUUUUGUGCUGUAGCCCGCAAACGCAACCCCUGAGAUCUCAUAUUCCUUGUCGACAGGAGACACUCUACACGGUUUUUAAGACACCACAAAGCGCCGCUCUCCCCCGGGUGUCCCAGUGACUCGAAACAAGCGUCCACCGAGCUCUGCCUGGUUGUCUCCAUCAGAGCGAUCUGCUCAGUCGGCUAGCGGAACAACAGCAGCAGCAGCGGAUGGUACAGAUUCCGCGUUGGAAGAAGCCAGCAUCAAACCGAGAUUUGUUACUGUUUUCUGUCUUUAUAUGAAACACAAGAUCAGUCUGUCGUCGAGGCUGUUUCUGGCAUGUUGAGGGGCAGAUGAGUUUGAUAGGUGACAUUGUCGUGUAUGGAAUGAAAACUUCACAGAGAUAUAUUGAAUCCAAACUAGCGGCCCGCUUUGCUGACAUGGAGUGGCAGACGCCAGCUGUGUCAGAGAAGUUCCAAAGCCGUUUUGGCCGUCGGCCUGGAACAUCGGACAGCGGGGACACUGGUCUUGGCACCUCGGCAUCUGACAGCACAGAAGAUUUCUGCAGUACCAGCAGCAGCAGCCCCCCUUUCCAGCCCAUCCGCAGUCAGAUCCCCAUACCCACCGCACAUGUCAUGCCAUCCACGGCCGGAGCCUCGGCCUCCAAGCCCCAGGCAUGCCUCCAGGAGGACUCCCUCUCCUCAGAGGGUCACCGGUCUUCCUCUGGCUCCAGAACACCGAGCGGCUCCACCUCAAAGUCUUCCUCUCUCUCUAAAUCAGCUUCUUCCCCCAACUUGGACGCUCAGACUGGUGCGGGAGCUGAUCUUGUCGGGACAAAGCCGGACUGCCUGAGUCGCUACAGGAGCCUCGUCAAUGGGCUGGACCACUCACUCUUCCCUUUAGAUCACACACAGGUGGAUGAGGGCCAGAGGUUUGACACUCCUGCCGUGGAGCCUACGCUAAAUCAGUCAGCCUUGCUGGGGGGGUUAUGCCCCGAUGUCAGACUCCGAUUACAGGUGACCGGGAUUAGAGACGCCUCAGACUGUGUGUCUGAGGCCUACAGAGGAGGCAUGGAGCACAGUUAUAAGGUUCUGCCUGAAGCUAGGCCUGGGGUUCCAGUUACUGCAGAAACCUGUAAUCAGAGGGGAAGUCAGCCUGGUGCAGCCGGAUCCCCUGGACUUUAUGCAAACCCUCUCAGCCUGCAGACUCAGGCUCUGCUGAGGGAGCACGCAGCCUCCAAGGGUUAUGAACCAUUGCGACAGGACAGAUGUGGUGAACUCUCCAGCUGGCAGCAACAACAGCAACAUAAGCAGCAACUGGAGACUUUACGGAUGCAAGUGGAACAAAUGCAGAUGAUGAGCUCUGGAGUGAGUCAGUACCCGUCUCUGUACUCGACGCCCGUUCACACAGACUCUGGAAAGUGGGACGCCCUGGUCAAAGCCAGUGAGAGUCUGUUGAAGGAGAAGGAGCUCGUCAUUGAGAGACAAAAGCAGCACAUGACCCAGUUGGAGCAGCGUCUGAGAGAGAGCGAGCUGCAGGUUCAUGGAGCUCUCCUGGGACGAGGAGCUUCUUAUGGGGAUAUGUGCAUGCUGCGACUACAGGAGGCUCAGCGGGAGAACGUGUUCCUGAGGGCACAGUUUACUGAGCGCACAGACUGCGUUGUUCUGGAAAAGGCAGAGGCAGAGCGCAGACUUGGGGCAGUUGAGGCUGAGACGCGACGGCUAACCGACAGCCUGAAGGAGACGUGUGAGAGACACGCUGAAGAGAUGAAGAAACAGGAAGAGAGGAUACGCAGCCGAGACAAGCACAUCAACAACCUGAAGAAGAAGUGUCAGAAAGAGUCUGAGCUGAAGAGGGAGAACCAGCAGCGCAUCGAGACUCUGGAGCGCUAUCUAGCUGACCUGCCCACCUUGGAGGAUUAUCAGAGCCAGAACAAGCAGCUUCUAGAGGCUGAGCAGCAGGUGACUCAGCUACAGGAGAAAGUAAGAGAAGCCGAGAUCUGCCUGGAGACGACGCACUCCCAACUCCGAGAGAGAGACGCACAUCUGGAGGAUCAGAAACGCAGGGAGAGAGACCUGCUGACCACCAUCACCGAUAUGCAGCAGCGGGUACAGCAGGGCCUGGAGGACGGAGCCAGACUGCCGUCUCUGGAUGUGGAGAAGCUCCGAGGAGAGAACAACGCUCUGAGAGAGGAGCAGCAGAGACUAAAAAAGGUCAUCGAGAAGCAACACCGAAUGAUGGAACAGCUCGGCUCCCAGAUCCAGACUUUAGAGGAGCAGAUAUCUCAGGAGGAGAGCAGCUCUCAGGCUCUCAGAGAGGAGGUGUUGGCUAAAGAGCAGAAUGUGUUGGAGCUCCACACAGCCAUGAAGGAGCUGUCAGCCCAGAACCAGGAGCUGAUGGAGCAGAAUCUGACCCUGCAGGAGCAGAUGAGCGACCCAGAGCAGACCGGCACUAACCAGGCCUCCUCCACCCUGCAGCCUGCUGGCGCUCGUCUCACACAGAGGCUGCAUUUAGAGAUAGCCUCCUGCCUUAGCGACUUGCGCUCACUGUGCAGCAUCCUGACCCAGAGAGCGCAGGGACAAGACCCCAACCUCUCCUUGCUGCUCGGCCUCACAUCACCCCCGCCUGUAGGAGAGCAGCCCGAGGACUGGAUGAGCCCUGAGGUGCUGCAGAAAAAACUAGUCGAAGCCCAGCAGCUCCGUCGGGAUGUGGAGGAGCUACGCAAUGUGAUACUAGACCGUUAUGCACAGGACAUGGGAGAAAACUGUAUCACCCAAUAACCCUUGCACCCAGGUGUUGGAGGAAGAAACUUGCAGAAAGCCCCGCUUCACCUCUGGAGACUCUAUAACAGGCAUAUCUAUCAGUUACUGAAUGUCAAAACGAGGACUGGAUUUUAAUCUUCUUUAAAUGAGGACAGGAAAGCCCAAAUGGUUUAGCUUCUCUUCCUCUGGACUGACUGAACGUCUAUCCUCGAGUCGCCUGCCUGUAGCUCAGAAACCUCCCAUCCCCCCGGUGAGUUCAUCUAUUUCAGUCCAAGGGCUAACAGGAAAUAACUUACCUCUAAUACUUGAUUCUUAAGCAUUGUGUGUGUAUGCGUGUGUUUUUAUGUAAUGAUGACAUGAUAGCGUCAGUUACCAAACAGUCUUAUACUUUUCGUUCCACUCUUGUGGAAAGCUUUUUGUGUAGAAGUCCCACAAAUAUAAUUUAUUUGAUGUUAAUUUCCCUCAGCAGGGGGAUUGUUCAAGAAGUGGUUGACAAUCAACUGAAAGUAUAUAAAUCUGUGCUUUUAACUGAAUUCAUGAGAAAAUGUUACUAAAAAUGCCAUUAUUUAAAAUGGUGAACACUGUAACUUUAGACUCUGCUGUGAGGGGGAAAAACUGUACAAACUGAAAGGGUUCAAAACCAAAAAAUCAGCUUCUCACACCAACGAGGCCUCACACAGUUUUUAUACCAAAGAGAAACUCUGGUGGAGUCUGUGAAUGUUCGUGAACGCUCCUCUCUGCUGCAGGCCUCGUUCUGAAUGAACACCAACAUGUGCCUUUCUGUCACGUUCGCAACCACAAUGCUAAUUUAUUUUUUAGACCAACCACAAAGGGCUGUUUGCAGCGGACUCUUCCAAUACAACCUGUCUCUCAGUGUAUCAAACGGUAGGAUAGUCGAUACAUUCCCUGACGCUGAAUGUAGCAGAUCUCUCUGGAGCCCGUGGAGGCCCCAACACUGUUUUUGUUUCUUUUCCUGUAAGAUGAGUGAGGGUAAGUUCAGACUCUUCAAUCUGUGUCGAUGAAGAACGUCACAGAGAACUGUACAUUUCAGGUUGAUGAUGGCUGAACGGCAUUAGACAGAGUGGCUAACUCACUUAGGUAUGACUGAGAAACAGUAUUAACCUUCAGUAUUAUUUAUUUGUUUUGUUUGCAUUGACAACUCAGUGGGUCCUCCUAACACGUUGCUGUAACAAUGUGCUAAUUAAUGCGUUUGAGCAAACUUGGCGUCCACGAUGUGUAAAGGUCCCAUGAAGUGGCUUUUUCGAUUGUAACUUUCACGUGUGGUUUGUCCUGUUUUGUACGAGAUAAAGAUGUGCGAGGAGGGAUUUAAUGGAAGCAGUCAUCAAGGAUCUUUCAUGUUCUUCGGAGGACAAGGGAAAAUGUUCGAAUCCCAUGUGAUGAUGAUGAUUAGAAGAGGGGCUGGCUGGAUCACCCCCUAAAUCUCACAUCACAUAGUUCUCAGUGGAGUUUUGUAUUUUACCCAAGUGCUGGAGAAGCCAUUAAAAAAACGUGACACUUUAAAGAAGGUGAAAGGGAUUUUAAUAUAAAAGAAAUAUGCAACAUCAUCCAGGGACACACAAGCCAUUUUUCAUUUCAUGGGACCUUUUUUAAAACUCAAGUAGCACAAGAUUUAUCCUUGGAAAAGGUCAGGCUCCGCAUGCCUUAACAUCUCAAUUGUUUUUGCAAAAGGGAAAAAGAUGUUUAUAUUUUCAUACUUUGGUCCUUGUUUGUAUUUGCAUAUUUUAGAAAUAAAGAUUUUCUGCAUUUUGUUUUGUUUGAA